AUGUCUGGUGCCAGGCUGUUACUGUUCAUACAAAGCCUGUCUCGUAGGAAACCCCUGGAGCCAGAGGGGGAGGUGUCCAACUUUAAACGAUGUCUGACUACCCUUGACCUGGUGGCUCUGGGGGUUGGCAGCACACUGGGGGCUGGCGUGUAUGUGCUGUCAGGAGAGGUGGCCAGGGCCGUAGCUGGGCCCAGUAUAAUUAUAUCUUUCCUUGUGGCAGCAAUAGCUUCCAUUUUCGCAGGGCUGUGCUAUGCUGAAUUUGGAUCGCGUGUGCCCAAGACUGGCUCUGCCUACCUGUACAGCUAUGUGACAGUGGGGGAGAUUUGGGCCUUCAUCACUGGCUGGAACUUGCUGCUGUCAUAUGUCAUAGGAACAUCAAGUGUAGCCAGGGCAUGGAGUGGGACUUUUGAUGACCUCAUUGGAAAUGCCAUUGCCAACUCUUUAGGUCAACAUGCAGCAAUGGAUAUGCCAGGCCUCGCUACCUACCCAGACUUCUUUGCUGCUGCUCUCAUCAUGCUGUUGGCAGGGAUCCUUGCAUUUGGCGUUAAAGAGUCUGCUAUUGUGAAUAAGGUUUUUACAGCAGUUAAUACAGUGGUCUUGGUGUUUGUUAUCAUCGCUGGCUUCAUCAAAGGUGACAUUGACAACUGGUACAUUAGUGAGGACACUAUCCUGAACAUAACAACAAAUGAAAACUUCACAUCGGCACUAAAUGAAACCAUAAAUUACGGUGUUGGUGGCUUCUUCCCCUUUGGUGUUGAGGGAACAUUGGCAGGAGCUGCAACCUGUUUUUACGCCUUUGUUGGAUUUGACUGCAUAGCCACAACAGGGGAGGAGGUGCAGAACCCUCAGAAGUCCAUCCCUCUGGGCAUUGUAGCAUCCCUGCUGAUCUGUUUCCUGGCUUACUUUGGUGUGUCGGCAGCACUGACCCUCAUGAUGCCCUACUGCAUGAUCAGUGUCAAUAGCCCAUUACCUGUAGCUUUUACAUACAUCGGCUGGGGCCCUGCAAAGUAUGCUGUGGCUGUAGGCUCCCUCUGUGCACUUUCAACAAGUCUUCUAGGAUCCAUGUUUCCCAUGCCCCGGGUCCUCUUUGCGAUGGCCAGGGACGGGCUGCUCUUCAAGCCACUCAGUAACAUGAGUUCUCAACAAAGUCCUGUGGUAGCCACUCUAUCUUCAGGUGUUGUGGCAGCAAUCAUGGCUCUAUUAUUUGACCUGAAAGCACUUGUGGACAUGAUGUCAAUUGGAACACUCUUUGCCUACACUCUUGUAGCAAUAUGUAUUCUCAUAUUGAGGUACCAACCAGAUCUUGUCCUUUUAGAAAUUAUUCUGAGCGUUUUCCUGACCAAGGCUGUGGAUUCCCUGAUGAACCAGGCGUGGUGGAGCAUUUUAAUCAUCUCUGUGAUCCUUUUGAUGCUGGUCCUCACUGUUUUCAUCAUCUGGAGACAGCCUCAGAAUACAACCAAAGCUGCUUUUAUGGUUCCUUUUAUACCAGCACUUCCUAUUGUGAGUACAUUUGUCAAUGUCUAUCUGAUGGUUCAGUUGGGAGGAGAUACAUGGAUUCGCUAUGCUGUUUGGAUGGCAGUGGGGUUAUUGAUCUACUUUUGUUAUGGAGUUCAUCACAGUGUGCAAAAGCAAAGGCUGGAAAAUUCACACAAUCAGGUCAACAUACAAAGUCUUAACACAAAUAUGGAGUAAAACUUUGUGACGGAUGAGGAUUCCUGUGGCCCUGAUAUCUGACCCGGAAUUGAAAUACAAGAUUUCAAAAGAAGGGAAACAUCAAUACAUUGUAUUUGAUAUAAUUAUAAUAAUUGUUAUUAAUAUUGCCAUACAAAGCUGUUUUGAUUUGAAAGGAGCAUUCCAUAAAAUACCCUACUGCUAAUCACUCACUUUAUCUCUUGAAAUAUAUACCCCUUGAAUUUGAACAACAAGGUGAAUAGUUUGCAUAAAGGAACUCAAGUUAUCAUGCGAACAAUUUAAUCUUUGAAGGUGUUGCCCUGACACUGAAAAUCAUGUUGAUUGUGCGAUAUGUAAAACUACUUGUAAUGAUGAAUUUUAAAUACACUUUUACUUAAAUCAUAAAUCAUGACACAAGAGGCCAGUAAUGUAACCAACAUUAACAAAU